AUGUCUAGAGAUCGCAAACCAGUCCUCAUCAUCGGUGCCGGCGUCGUGGGCCUCACGCUUGCUCAUGGUCUUCAAAAGCUCGGCAUCCCCUUCCAGAUCUACGAACGCGAUGACCAUAUCAGCUCUCGCGGGCAAGGCUGGGCAAUAACACUCCACUGGGCUCUCCCGUUCUUGAAGGAGAUGCUCUCAGAGGAAGCCUUCAGGGAUGUCGAGUCCGUCCAGGUCGACCCCGAAGCCGACCGGCAGGGACUGGGCAAGUUCAUCUUCAUCAACCUCGAGACCCUCGAGCCCAAGUUCCUCAUCCCGCCCGGGGAUCGCCGACGGGUGAACAGAGAGAAGAUGCGAAAUGUACUCCUCAACCGCGUCAGCGACAAGGUGCACUGGAGCAAACGCCUUGCGUCAAUUAAAGACAAGGGGGACGACGGCGUCGUAGCCAUCUUUGAGGACGGCACGCGGGCUGAGGGAUCCAUCAUCGUUGGCAUCGAAGGGAGCAAUUCACGGACCCGGAAGUUCCUGGCUCCAGACUCCUACAAGAACAUCCCGCUUCCAAUACGCUUCACCGGUGCCGCUGUGGACCUCACGCCAGAGCAGGUCAAGCCUCUCAAGGACAUCGACCCUUUGCUGUUCCAGGGCUGCCACCCAGUCACUGGUGCCUUCUUCUGGUUUAGCAUGCUCGAGACGCCCCAGGUCAACGGCACAGCAGGGACAGAUCGCGAGCGAUACCGCGUACAGAUUCUCAUAUCGUGGCCCGUCAAGUCACCAGACGACGAGGUCAAGGCAAAUGACGCCGAACGACUGGCAAACAUGAAGACACGGGCAGCCGACUUCCACCCUAUCUUACGCGAUACGGUGUACCUCAUCCCCGACGGCACAGAGGUGAUCGAAGUGGUCCUGCAGGACUGGCCCUGUCUGCCCUGGGACAAUCACAACGGCAAGGUCACGCUCGCCGGCGAUGCCGCCCAUGCCAUGACCAUGUACCGAGGGGAGGCUGCGAACCACGGGAUCCUGGACGCGUACCGCCUCCACAAGGUGCUGGAGGCUGUCUACAUACAGGGCAAGGAUCCGAGGGAAGCUAUUGACGAGUACGAGGCGGAGGUCAGGGAGCGGACAAGCACGGCUGUCCUUCUGAGCAGGCAAGCUUGUCUGGACGCACAUGAUUUUGCUGGGCUGAAUGAGAACUCGGCCGUUCUGAAAAGAAGGGCAAUAGCUGGAGUUUAG